UCUUAUCCAUGUUUAUUCUUAUAUUCAUUAUAUUUAUUAAUAUCACUUGCGAGACUAUUCUAGACAACCCCAUACUGUGUAAUAUCUAGACUAUUGACAACAAUUAAUUCAUGUAGCUAGAUCGCGCCGCCAUAUUUGAGAAAGGCGCCAUGAUGCACGCGGGAUGCAUCUGGAUGCAUCGCAUCUACAUAUUCGUGCUUCAUUGCUCGUAACCAUGGUAACGCGUCCUCCAUGUUGAAACCAGCCCCGAUUGAAACCGCGGGAGAGAAAGCACGAAUCGUACCAGUGAAAGACAUCGUGAACGGCGUUAUUGCGACUCGUCAGCAUUGAACGUGACAGGGAAACGAAGAAUAUUAACGAAAUUAAACGAGGAAUGAUACCUCCAAUUGCGAACCGCCAGUGUUGUACAAUCGCCAACUAACGUUAACCUCCAGUGUUGUAAAUAAUUCUGCAUGUUAUUAAGUUUACGAAGCUCCUUUGUAAUUCGAGCUCACGAAUCUAGAUUCACGAUAGCUGCUCUAUCACUAUAUUAUAUAUUCUUAUAUAUUAUUUAUAGCGUUAUACUUUAUCGAGUAGACAGACAUGGCAACGCGCAAUUUAUACGAUAGCGUGCGACAUAGUGCAUGUAACAUUGCGUAAUCGAGUACUGCAUUGAAACUGCCGAAUAAAUAAAUUUGUAUAUAAAAGGAGACCUGUUGUGUUUAAUCAGCACUACUUCAACUCCUUGAAUGUACUGCGAAGAUUUUUCUCCAUUUCUUAUAAGUAAGCUUUCUUCACGAUCGUUCCUUACUUUCAGAUAUAUUUGAGUAGCCUUAUAUAUCUUCAUAUAGCACAGCGAGGCGACAGAAGUGUGAUAGACAUUGCACAGUCAACAAAAUUAGAGCGCAUGUGCUUCCAAACUAGUCAUCAAACUGGGCACAUGUUCACGCAUCUUCAUCUAAGAAUCAUUACUGUUGCAAUAAUUUCUUUUUCUGAAAUAAAAAUCUCAAUACAGUCAGCUGAAAGCUGUAUUAGCGUUAUCUUAGCUGUUUACGUUGCAAUUAUCGUGUCGAUUAGCUGUUAGAUCAUAUGCCUACGUACUCUGCUCAGGACGCAUGAGUUUGAUAGCGUUAGCAUUGACAUUCCAGAAUUGCAAGAUCGCUCUUCUCACUUCAUUGCCAGUUUCUCUAGAGCCUGAAAGCUUAAUUUUCACGCAUGCUUCUUUAGGUGCACGCCUCAGAAUAAUUAAAAGAAAAUGUGUGUAAAAUUCACUCAGCUCGACCUGCAACCGCGAAAGAAAGACAAUCUCCUCCACCGAUACGGAUACGUGCUGCUAAUGCUCGCGUGCAUGGUACUUGCAUCUAUGCAGCCGCACAUUGGUGGAACAAAUGGCAUAAUUAACGGUAACUUAAUUAUUUGUUACUUCGCUGUGCCUUUAACAUAUUUAGAAGCGGGAUUGCUGUGCGAUCCCAAGUCUCUCUACUCGACGUUGAGGGACGGCUAUCUCCUAGCGUUUGUCAUGACCUUCGUGUACAUCUUGAUGCCCUUUUUAGCACGGAUCGGGACCUAUCUGCUAACUUACGCGAAAGUUAACGUGUGGUUACUCAAAGGGAUAGAGGUGCUUUACUGUAUGCCACCACCGUUCAGCACGGGACUCGCUCUGUGCCGUUUGGCACGCGCCGAUUUGCCUACGAGCGUGAUUACCACGCUAGUGUCGCACUUUGGGGGACUGUUCUUGUCUCCUCUUUUGCUAUAUCUCAUGCUGGGGACGUCCACUCCGCCGCUGGUCGGUAUCAACGUCAAGGAAACCGUGUACAGCACUCUCGUCCCACUGGCCACCGGUAUCGCGCUACGGUCGUACGUACUGAAGGACAGGCACCUGAGCAUCAGCACGGGCUGGCUCUCCCAAGUGCUGCUGCUGGCGAUAGCGUAUCAGUGGUUCUGUGACGCCGUCCUAGUGGAUGCCUCGUCCCUGCAAGCGGUGGACAUACUGUACUGCGUACUUAUCGGUAAGCCAUCCUGUCCAUCCUCAUCCGAAUGCUUCAUCGAUGGAACUUUCGCGGAAACGCACGUUCAACCGCGUGUGUCUCUUCAAGCGUGCGUGGGCCAGCUGCUGCUCAGCAGCCUCUGUUGGAUCCUGUGCUCUCAGUGGCUGCCACGGAACAUCCUGCUGGCCGCGCUGUUCACCAGCACGCACAAAUCCGUCGGUCUCGGCGGGUGGAUCCUGCGCGGCGCGUACCACGGCUCGGCCUACGGGCCGGCGGUGAACCUGCCGUUGACGAUACUGCCGGUGGCGCAGUUGUUGCUGGGUAGCUUGCUGGCCAGCUGGCUGGCACCGUGAGAACUUUGGGCUGGUUUCACAUCUCCAUUUCUUUCCUUCAAGCUGUUUAUUCAGGCUUAUAAUGAGAAGCAUAAUUUGGUAACAAUUGAUCUAUCUUGGCACCGUUUCUCAAGUAGAGUAUCCUUAGGCCGCCGCAGCGUUCACGUUGUCUCUCGGAACGUAACUGGUAGUUAAACGCAAUUUGCACAAAGUUACCGCGUAACGUUGUAUUUAGAAUUUCGUUACUGCGUGUGAUUCGAUACUUACCUUGAGACUGGAUGGAAUGGUUUUCGCAAUGGCGUAAUAAUAAUUAGUUAAUAUACCGCUCUUUCGGAUCGAGAGAAUUUUUCUAAUGAAUAAGGCGCGAGAUAUGUCAUGGUAAUUUUCAGCAAUCUGCUUCAUUGACACUCUUGUUGGAAAAGAACAGCGAGGAAUGAUACAUUGUACUGCUCAUUAUUAUAAGAACUGUUUUAAAUAUAGAUACAAUAGGUAAGAGUCAACAGCCAGAGCCAAUCGAGUGAAGUGUUAUGCGACUUAUCUGGUGGAUCAUACAAUAUGUAUAUAUGUAUAUACCUAUUAUUAGUAUCGUACAAGAUACAAAUAUAGUUUCUUCAUUUUCGAAUGAAAAAA